GCUUUUGCUUUAUAUCCCAAUUUAAAUAUAUCAUGGCAGUUCAAUUUCCUAAGCACCUUAAACCAAUUGAGCCUCAAGGCAAAGCUUUGUUGCAACAAGAGCGUGAUAAAGCUACUUUUAAUUCUGACAGCCUAAAAAAGUACAUAUAUGGCAACGAUUAUUUGGAAAUCAGAGAACGCAUCCUCCAGAUACUUUUAGCCGACCCUCUUUUAUCUGAUAAAUCCCAUCGCUACUAUAACGGACGAGAUAUCCGGUUUCAGAAAUCCCUGGCUGCUGCAAAGCGACUGGUUGAACUUGCAAGAAUUCACAAAUGGAAUGAGGAAGAAGUUGGAAUGGCCGAAUACCUUUUUGACGAACCCAGUGCAUUUCGCCUUCACCGUAGUAUGUUUAUGCCAACUAUAGCAAAUCAAGGUACCGAGGAGCAAAAAAAGUUGUAUCUUGAGCCUGCUUUGAAACACGAAAUCAUCGGCUGUUAUGCGCAAACAGAGCUUGGACACGGAUCCAACGUCCGAGGAUUAGAAACCACCGCUACUUAUCAUCUAGAAACGCAGACAUUUAUUAUUAAUUCGCCCACUUUGACGUCUUCAAAAUGGUGGAUUGGUGGUUUAGGAGUUGCCGCAAACCAUGCUAUUGUCAUGGCUCGUCUCAUAACCCGUGGCAAAGAUUAUGGUCCUCAUCCUUUUGUCGUGCAAAUUAGAAACUUAGAAAACCAUGAACCAUUAGCAGGUGUUGUUGUGGGGGAUAUAGGACCCAAGUUUGGCUUCAAUACAGUUGAUAAUGGGUUUAUUCUUUUCGACCAUAUGCAUGUGCCACAUGUUGCUCUGUUGGCUCGUUAUUCAAGUGUGGAUAAAAUUACGGGUGAAUACAUCACUCCUCCCAACUCUAAAUUGGCUUAUGGAACAAUGGUAUACGUGCGCGCUAAUAUUGUGCUUGAAUCCCGGGUUGUACUUGCAAGAGCUGCUACUGUUGCCAUACGCUAUUCGGCUGUUCGUAGCCAAGGUUCAGAUGCUGCCAAUCCCAAAAAACUUACAGGUCCAGAUGGUACCAUUAAAGUAGUUGAAACCCCGGUACUGGAUUAUACUAUGCAGCAAUACAGGCUUUUUCCAAUUAUAGCACAGGCAUACGCCUGCCAUUUCACUGGCCAAGAAAUGCACCGCAUGUAUCACGAAAAUCAACAAAAAAUGUCGGAGGGAGACUUCUCUUACCUGGCUGAUCUCCACGCUUCUUCGUCAGGUCUCAAAAGUUUAACGACUACUUUGGCUGUGAGUGCUAUUGAAGACUGUAGACGUGCAUGUGGUGGUCAUGGUUACUCUCUUUUUUCGGGUCUUGGUCAAUUUUAUCAGGACUAUCUUCCCAAAGCGACCUGGGAAGGUGAUAACUACCUUCUUACCCAGCAAACUGCCAGAUACCUUCUUAAGACCAUGAGAUCGGUACAAUCUGGGAAAACCAAGGAUAAGAAUGCUACUUUCUCCAUUGAAUAUAUUUCAGAGUAUCUCGCAAAUCCUCAGGCAAAAUCACAUUUUACAACCGUUGCAGACUUAAGCAAUCCCGAAGCUUUACUAUCGGCCUUCAAAUUCCGUGCUGCUUUUCUAAUUGAAAAGGCGGUUUAUGCUAUUGACAUCGAACAAACAAGUUGGAACGAUAUGUUAGUGGAGAUAUAUAGAAUCUCUCGUGCACAUUGUCAAUUGGUCAUGGUAUCAAACUUUUUAGCAGCUGUUUUCAACAACAACAAACCAGUGGAUGCGACCUUAUGUCAAGCACUUCAGCGAGUUGCUAUUUUAUUUUGUCUCUCUACGUUGGAGCAGGAAACAUCUGAUUUUUUGACAUCAGGGUAUAUUGUACCCGCACAAGCUUUAAUGAUCAAACAGCACUUUAUUAGCGUUUUGAAAUCGAUUCGACCUGAUGUUGUAGCACUUGUUGAUGCGUUCGGUUUCCCCGAUUAUCUAUUAAAUUCUGCUUUGGGUGAAAAUGAAGGCGAUGUGUAUGAAAAAAUGACUGCUAUGGCCGAAAAAGAGCCUCUUAAUCAAUCUGUGGUUGCAGAAGGUUAUCAAAAUUAUAUUCGCCCUUUAAUUCAUGGAGGAAAAGCCAAUUGGAAAUUUGACAAUGAUGGCAUAGCAAGACUUUAAAACCUAUAAACACAAUAAAAUCAAUGUAGAAGAA